AUGCUUGCAAUGGGCCGGAACAGCGCGAUCUCCGCCGGCGUGUGCGGGGCCCUUUUCAUUGGGUCCUGCAUUUACUUCGACCACAGGAGACGGAGUGACCCCAACUUCAAGAACAGGCUGCGAGAACGAAGAAAGAAACAGAAGCUUGCCAAGGAGAGAGCUGGACUUUCCAAGUUACCUGAUCUUAAAGAUGCUGAAGCCGUUCAGAAAUUCUUCCUUGAAGAAAUACAGCUUAGUGAAGAGUUACUAGCUCAAGGUGAAUAUGAGAAGGGUGUGGACUAUUUGACAAAUGCAAUUGCUGUGUGUGGACAGCCACAGCAGUUACUGCAAGUGUUGCAGCAAACUGUUCCACCACCAGUUUUCCAGAGGCUUCUGACUAAGCUCCCAAGAACUAGUCAGAGAAUUUUAAGUGCUCAGAGCUUGGCUGAAGAUGAUGUGGAAUGA